GGAACCGAAGAUGCUGAGGGGGGGCGAAAAUGUUGUAACACUGUAAUCAUUACGGAGCCCUUACUUGUUUGUUUUUUUGGUCAAAGAAAAGCCUGCGCAAGUUAAAAGCACAGAUCAUGGGUGAAGUGACCGCAGAUGCCGUCACCUUGGAUCUGCUGAGAGAAGCAAGGGAGACAGUGAGGAGCAGCCCUCUGGGUGUCAUCAACACUCCCAUGAUUCCCUGGUGCCAGACCACACUGCCUCUUUAUGUCAAUUGCACCAUCCACAUCAAACUGGAAAACAUGCAGACGACUGGUUCUUUUAAGAUCAGAGGGGUGGCCAAUCAGUUUGCCAGGAGACCAAAGGGAGGUCAUUUUGUCACCAUGUCUGCUGGGAAUUAUGGGAAGUCUUUUGCAUAUGCUUCAAAACACUAUGGGUCAAAGGGAAAAGUGGUGAUGCCUGAAACUGCCCCAAUGUCCAGAUCCAUCCUCAUACAGAGCUUUGGGGUGGAGGUGGAGCGAGUUCCCACCACCAGUCUGAUGAAUGUGGUGAACCGAUGCGUUCAGGAGGAAAACAUGACAUUCCUGCACUCGUAUGAUGACCUGGAUUUAAUAGCAGGACAUGCCAGUCUUGGUUUCGAGGUGCUGGAGGUGAACCGUGAGCCUGAUGUGGUAGUGGUGUGUUGUGGUGGAGGGGGGCUACUGGCUGGCGUAGCUGCGGGCAUCAAACUGUCUGGCUGCAGUAAGACCAGGAUCUACGGUGUAGAACCAGGAGGAGCCUGCACCAUGUACAAAAGCUUCAUUGAAAAGAAACCUGUUGGCAUGGACACCAAGAGCAUCGCCUCCGGUCUCGCUCCACCUUUUGCAGGCAGGCUGCCCUACGAGUUGUGCCAGCGCUACGUGGAGGCGAUUGUCCUGGUGAAUGAUGACGAGAUCAAAGCGGCGGUGUCCUCUCUCUACAGGGCGGGACUCGUGGUGGAGCCAUCAGGCUCUGCUGCCUUUGCUGCAAUUGUUAACAACAAGAUACCCGAUCUGGAAGGGAAGAGUGUUGUGUGCAUCCUCAGUGGAGGAAACAUUGGAAAGGACGAGCUCACCAACUUCCCAGACUGAUGAGCAUCUUGGGCUCGUUUUUAUGUGAUUAAUUCGAGUCUUUCAGUGAAGUCUGUGCCAACAUUGUGAACUUAUUGUGAAUUUAUCAAUAUAAGCAAUUGAAGCGACACAAUAUCCUUUAAAGAAAUAAUAAAGUACUUUUUCUUUUA